AUGUUUACUGAUGCUUCGAGUACAGGUUAUGGAGCGUUCAUUUGUGAGGAUUUAAACCUGGAAGUGGUUGGCUCUUGGAGAGAGUUUGAAUCAAAAUACAGUUCUUCAUGGAGAGAGAUGGAAGCUCUAAAUAGAGCUCUGAAAUCACUUGGACCAUACCUGGAAGGGUAUAAUAUUCGUUGUUAUACGGAUAAUAGAAAUGUCACAAGUUUAGGUCUACGCAAGGCGGUUUCAGAUGAAGUAGAGGCAUCGGGAGCAGUUACCAGCAAGCUUCGGAAACUAUCAGAUAGCAUGGCAUCUCAUCUGGUGCAUUCGAGAAAUGUUGGUGGUGGUAAUGAUGAUGAUGAUGGUGGUGGUGGUGAUAAUGAUGAUGAAGAUGCUGCUGCUACUGAUGAUGAUCAAGAUUCUGGUGGUGGAGAUGAUGCUGGUGGUGGUGAUGAUGAAGAUGAUCGUGGUGGUGAUGAUGAUGCUGGUGGUGGUGGUGGUGGUAGUGGUGGUGAUAAUGAAGAUUGA